CACCGAGCCCACACUCAUCCCAACACCUGGACCCUCCUUGUAAUGCAACACUGACGGCAUGUAUGCAGGAUCCAUUUGAACAAAGCUGUUCAUGUGGUGUGUAUAUUUAAAGCUAGAUUUCCUCUUUGGUGUCUCGCACUAAAGGCCUGAGCUGAUAACCAUCACCUGUGCGUUGUUUGUGAACUGCCUUUGAAUUCCCUAAAAAACAAACAAAGAAAUGACCACAGGGUUCACAAUGAAAUCUCAGCCCAUGAAGACGUUUUCCUGUAAAUCAGUGGUUCCCAAAGUGGGGGCCAGGACCCCUCGGUGUGGGUUGAUAGAAACUGAUAAAAAUGUGAAACCACUUAAAACUGUUGAUGCUUCCCAUCAUUGUUCAAAUAUAUGAGAAGAAGGUAUUACAUUUAAAGUAAAACCAAAGUGAAAUUAGAAUGUAGGAAGGAGUAUCAGGGCCACACUAAGGGGGAAAAAAUCUGAGAUUAAGAGAAUAAAAUCCUACAUUUAGGAAAUUAAUAACACGUCAUAAUCCUCAACCACCUCCAAGGACAGUGGGGGUCAGACCCUUAUUUUGGUGGUUUGGAGCUGAAAGUUUGAGAACCCUUUCUAUAAAUGAAUAUCAUGUAGUGUUUUUAUUUUAGCCCUCCAGUGUGUUCCUUUUAUUUCAGAAGUAACUCCUGUUGGUUACUUGAGGGGUAAAUGUGAUUCUUUACUCCUUAAAACAAGCGUUAACUUAAUUUCAUUGACAACAAAGAGUUAAUGUAGUGUUAUUUGAUACAGUUGAUAUUGUGAAUUUGCUGGUUGCACAUCCUCAAUAUCUGGAGCAUUGCUAUCUCUUAUGAUGCUUUCACACUUCUUGCAUGUGUAACCACUAAAUUAAUCAUAUUUCACUCAGACUUUACACAGAGUAUUUCCUGCCAGCCACCUUGUACGUUUUCUACACGAAGUUAAGGUGAGCUGAUUUGAAAACAGGAGAAUUCACCGUGCGCAAGCGGGACGGGGUGAUGAUGUUUCUAUCCUGCAAGCGGCACACGACCAUAGACAGAGUGUGCAUGGGACUGGGAUCUUUGUGCACGUGAUUAAACUGCUGAUUUCUGUAUUCUUUCCUGUUAUUUUGUUGAUAUUGAGAUUGUGCCAAACUAUGAAGCAUUGAUAUAAAGGCAAAUUCUCAAAGCGUUGUAUAGUGGAGUCGGUAUCAUCACGUCUUGCCUCCUGAGUCCCCCCCCCCCUCCACCUCCGACCGGGAUAGUCUGUGAGGUGCAUGUGUGAACAACCAACUCAAGAUGAUUUCAGGGCCAGUGUGCCUGAAGUUCUUUUAUUCUUUUGAAAUAGCUUUGUCUGUAUUUUGACCCUAAACCAUGAAUAUCCAUCUAUCCAUUUUUUCUAUGGAGUCAGCUCGUGCAGUUGAAGCAGGAUAAGCAAGUUGACCAAGACAUCCAGCUCCUUCUGGAGGAUUCUGUGGCGUUCCCAGGUCAGCAUGUGCAUGAUAAGCCAAUACAACAAAUACAUUAGGCAUCCUCCUCAGUCUGUACGGGAACUUAUCAACUGUGUACCUCCUCCAUCACUACUGGAAACAGCUGCUAUAACUAAACUAGGGCCUUCCCAGUGUCAUCAGUUUCCAAUGGCGCGACAGGUGUAGAGGGAUAAUGCAGCAGGCUUAUCAUAGACAACAAACUGAGCGAUGCUAUCAGCCAACCUAACACCCCUGACCUAAUAACCAUAGACACGGCCACCGGAUACAAUCUUUAGGACACUUUGAUAUACACGGGGGACUUCAUCAGGAUCCUGAAAACCUGCCCUCACAGGUCACACCUAGCCUGUGGAGCGGAGGGUUGAACGUCUCUUAAGGGAGGGGAAUAAAGGUAUGGACACAGAGAUUCCUCCGCCCACCUGGAAAUAAAAGUGAGCUGAAUAUAUACACUGCACGCUAACAUUAGGUCCUCAGUAAAGAUGUGUUGGUUUUCAGGAUAACCUGUGAUUUGAACUUUGAACGUGGAUACAGAGUGAAGAGGAGGAUUCCUGCUUGAUUGCACUUAAGAAGAAAUGUGCAGCGUCUUGUAACUCACCUUGACUGAUAGCUACUCCUCCUCCACCCGACUGCGGUAGUUUCAGGACCGACUCUGCUGUGUGAAGACAUUUUCUUGAGAUUGAGAUGAGAGCUACAGCGUGCACAUUGUUUCUCCUGAGCCUGCUGUGGGACAGUGUGAGAGCCGAAAACUCGAUCAGCAGCUUACAGAUGGCAGCAGUUUCGUGGGAAGGCGAGCUGCCGUGCAGAAAGUGGGACUGCGAGUGUACGUUCAAGAACCAGCGAGGCUGCUGCUGCGCGGCCACAGAGCUCCAAGAGGCGGAGGACCAAAUCUUCCAGAGAGUGAUGGAACUGUCCGCGUGCAUUUUCCAGCUGGGAGACAGCAUCCAUGAAGUCAUAGGAGGGGUACGAGUUGCAUUCACAGCUUCCAUGAGCCAGAGAAAGACCUGCUUUGGACCUUUCACCAGGAACAGCCCAAUUCCUUAUGAUGUCAUCACGCUCAACCAUGGAAGUGGAUACAACCCAACGCUGGGUACAUUCACAGCCCCUCGUUCUGGACUGUAUUCCUUCGCCCUCUCGGUCUACUCCAAGGUCGGUGGGGAAGGCGAGAAGAUGUACUACAAGGUGCAGCUCAUGAGAAAUUUGGAGGUGGUGGCGUCUACCUGGGAAGACAACAGAGAGGACUCAGAGGACAGCAGCACCCAGACGGUCCUCCUGUCUGUGGAGCAGGGAGGGCAGGUCUAUGUAGAGCUGCUGAGUGGGAGGCAGCUUUGUGGGAACGUUGAGGGCCUAAACACCUUCUCUGGAUCCUUGGUUUACCCAUCUCUGCCCUGAUAGUGGUUUGCUUAAAGGUGGUUGUAUUGGAAACUGCACUAUGUUGGCUUUUAGGGAAAUUUAAUAAAGAUAUAGUCUGUU